CCGCAUCUUAAGCGCAGCCGCGCCUCAUUUUCACUGGGAUAUUAUCUCUCAUCUCAUUCCACACCAAGUCGCCACUCAUCUCAACCUCGCUCACACACUCAACGAGCACAUCACAACCACAAACUCACAAUGGAGGACCUAUUCUCACUCCCCAUCUUCUUCAUCACCUUCCGCGAGUCCCUCGAAACCGCCAUCAUCGUCUCCGUCCUCCUCGCCUUCAUCAAGCGUACGCUCGCCACCAAAGAUGACCCCGUCCUCCACCAAAAGAUGGUCAAACAGGUCUGGCUCGGCACCGCCGCCGGCCUCGUUACCUGCGUUGUCAUCGCCAUGGCCAUCAUCAGCGGCAUCCACUCCCUCGGCGCGGAGCAGUUCGCCGCCGCAGAGAGCAUCUGGGAGGGCAUCUUCUCCCUCGGCGCCUCCCUCAUCAUCACCGCCAUGGGCGCCGUCCUUCUGCGCGUCACCAAGCUGCAGGACAAGUGGCGCGUGAAGCUGAGCAAGGCCCUGAACGCGAGCGAGUCCCACUCGGGGCCCUUCCGCGACCGCUUGAAGUACCUCGGCGAGAAGUACGCCCUGUUCUUGUUGCCAUUCAUUACCGUCCUGCGUGAGGGUUUCGAGGGCGUGCUCUUCAUUGCUGGCGUGGGUGUGAGCGAGACUGCUGCAUCCAUUGCCAUUUCGUCGAUUCUCGGUCUUGCGCUUGGUGCCUUCGUUGGCUACUUCAUCUACAAGGGCUCCAAGACGGCACCGAUCCAAAUCUUCCUCAUCGUUUCCACCUGCUUCCUGUACCUCAUCGCCGCCGGUCUCUUCUCCAAGGGCGUCUGGCACUUUGAGCAGAAUGAGUGGAACAAAAUCGUCGGAGGUGACGCAGCAGAACUCGGCUCCGGCCCCGGCUCCUACGACGUCCGCAGAAGCGUCUGGCACGUCAACUGCUGCAACCCCGACCUCAACGGAGGCGGCUUCUGGGGCAUCUUCAACGCCGUCCUCGGCUGGCAGAACUCGGCCACCGUCGGCUCCGUCGUCUCCUACAACCUCUACUGGGUCGCCGUCGCCGCGGGCUUCUUCGCCAUGAUUUGCAACGAGAAGGGGUACUGGCCGUUCGCCGGCAGCAAGGCCAAGAAGCUCGCCGACGAGCACGAGGGCGACGACCAGGAGCCGCUUCUUAGCAGGCCCGCUCGGUAA